UUAAUUAAUUAUCCUUCCCCAUCCAUCUUUAAAUACGGAUAGCAAGAAGCGAAGGAUCAUAUCAUCAAACAGCUAAAAGAAGAAAGUAAAUAUGUCUCCUUCAUUGCCUACUACACUUCUCGUCUCUCUCUUUCUUUUCUGCCACAUAUUUUCUUCAAUUGCCCAAGUCCGAGUUGACAAAACCUUCAGAUACGUCAAUGAAGGCCAAUUCGGACCUUCUAAUAUCGAAUACGGAGCAAAUUACCGUGGUAUUUUUGAUAUUUACACAUAUCCAUUCUUGUUGUGUUUUUACAACACUACCCCUAAUGCCUGGACACUAGCUAUGCGCAUGGGCAGCGUCCCUGCUAAUUCUAUCAUGCGCUGGGUAUGGGAAGCUAAUAGGGGUAAUCCUGUCAAAGAAAAUGCAACCUUCGCUUUAGGAACAGAUGGAAAUCUUGUGUUGGCAGAUGCUGAUGGUCGAAUUGCUUGGCAAACAAACACAGCCAAUAAGGGUGUCACUGGUUACAAGAUAUUACCAAAUGGCAACUUUGUGCUUCAUAACUCUAAGGGAAAAUUCAUUUGGCAGAGUUUCGAUUAUCCCACUGACACGCUAUUGGUGGGCCAAUCGCUCCUCUUGUCAGGCCCGAAUAAGCUCGUGAGCCGGGCCUCUGUGAAAAAGAAUGCAAACGGGCCUUACAGCUUGGUAGUGAAACCUAAACUGUUCGGUAUCUAUAACAGAUCCAAGCUUGCCGUGGAAUUAGCUUGGUUUGAUCUCAGAAAUAGUAGCUUAGAAUCAGUAAAAUUGAACAGCGGAAAUCAAAGACUGAAGUUGGACUACAGAUUGGCCAAGUCAAAAACGAGAAGUUCUCAUGUUAUGGCGUUUACUAAAUACAACACUUCUUUCACAUACCUUCGCCUAGAAAUAGAUGGAAAUCUCAAGGCCUACACUUUAACCGGUAACGAACAAGACGAUCGGUACUUUUGGCACGAAACUUAUAAAAUGCUUUAAGAAAAUGCUUCUUCAUAGUAGAAACAUAGCUCUCUUUUUUAUAAGGAUUUCAUAUCCAGUAUGGUUCCAUAGCUGGUCCAAUAGAUUUGUACUAGUACUUUCAAUAUCUUGCUUUUUUGUUCUUCUGUUUUUACAAUUUUUGGGCUGAAGGGUGUAUUUAUUGUAAUGUUUAUACAUUCUUUCGAAUAAAGUAUGUAUUUUAUAA